GUUGGUUAUUGUACCCAGGUUAGCGUUAAGCGAACCGGCGCGCGACCGGCGCAACGGCUGGCGCAGCACCCAGGCGGGGCUACCUCGGACGGCCACUGGCCAACUUACAGUGCACCGGUUGCCACUUAUUCGGCCUGCGUCGCGAGUUACAAAUGUGCCCCCAAAUCUGCUCUCCUGGAGCCUGGGCUCGACUCCCUCCAAGCCGACGGAGACCGCGUCCGCAUAUCUCCGGGCUUUGCGUGCCCCUCGUGCCUGGUCCAGAGCCGGUGCCUGCGCAGCGUGACGGUUAGCGGCCGACGGCUUCGCUUUGUUUUGCUGGUCGCGGUCGGUCCCGAAGUGCCGCGGGUCACAACCCAUUCGGAUCGCGGUCUCGGCUGGAAUUUAGUGCCGCUCCGGACCCGAGGCAUCACUCGCUCACUUACAAUGCAUGGGUUGCCAAUAAGUGAAUCUCCUUUGCAUUCGGCACCCAUUUUACCGCGUUCGGUGCAUGGGUUCGAACAGUUGAAU